AUGUAUCUAUCUUCAUAUUUGUUCUAUCUAUCUAUCUAUCUAUCUAUCUAUCUAUCUAUCUAUCUAUCUCAGUCUGUUACUGAUUUAUCUAUCUAUCUCAGUCUGUUACUGAUCUAUCUAUCUCAGUCUGUUACUGACCUAUCUAUCUAUCUAUCUAUCUAUCUAUCUCAGUCUGUUACUGAUCUAUCUAUCUCAUCAGUCCGUAUCUAUCUAUCUCUAUAUCUAUCUAUCUAUCUAUCUAUCUAUCUAUCUAUCUAUCUAUCUAUCUAUCUCAGUAAGUUCAUAUCUAUGUAUUUAUCUAUCUAUCUAUCUAUGAGACGGAGAGAAAGAAAGAAAGAAAGAAAGAAAGAAAGAGAUAUAUUUACUAAUGUUGCUUUAUUUUUAUUGCUGGUAAUAUUUUCUUAUCUAUCUAUCUAUCUAUCUAUCUAUCUAUCUAUCUAUCUAUCUCAGUCGCCUUAUUUGGUCGAGGUGUCUUAA